AUGGAGGCCAGCUCGGCCGAUAAGAAGAGGAACAAAUUGGGCUACCAUCGCACGUCUGUCGCUUGUGUGCACUGUCGACGUCGCAAGAUUCGAUGCUUAGUUUCGGCGGAUGAUGCGCAAGGACGAUGCGAGAAUUGUAUCCGGUUACGCAAGGAAUGCCAAUUCUUCCCCGUUGACCAACAACCACCCAUCGAGAAGAAGUCACGACCAAGCUCGGGGAUGGAUGCUGGAUCUGCGCCUUCUGCUACGACCCCAAUGUCUCUCCCCUCUUCGCCGAACAGCAUGAACCCCGAAUCGACCGAGCCUUACUAUUCGUACAACUCAAUGUCCAUGAAUGUGUCGACAAGCGAGAUGGCCGUUUUCAAUCCAGGAGCAUUUGCGCCAACUCAAAUGUCAUCGUUCACGCCUGACCGACAUGGCCCUACAGAGGACUUCUCGAGAAUGACCGCGAUGGAAGGCACGCCGAGCUGGGAUGACUUCACCACCAUGUCGGAUCAACAAAUGCUCGCGACGGGAAUCGCUCCCGGCAAGUCUCAGAUGAUGGGCAUGACGCCUCAACACUGGGACUCCGCCGCCGUUCCGGCUGCGAUGUCUCCCAAUUCCCCCCUCUCCUGCGCAUCACCAAUGGCCGGUCACGUACAACCGAUGAAUCCGGGGCCUGCUGGUUACGCGAUGCAUCCCGAUGGUUCUGUUUGGACGGCACCUCCACCUCCAUCAAGAGCGAUGAGCUACCCUCCCCAGGAACCGGGCGCCACUUUUUCCAGUCAUUUUCAACCUCCCAUGGGACAAGACUUGAAACGCAGGAUGACCACACCUGCCAAUCCAACCGCGUCCCACGCUACCUCGGGGUCAAGCUACAGCAUGCAAAUGCCACCGGGGGGUGUUCCCUAUCCUAAUCAAGCCGGAGAGAUGGAUUUCGUCCAGUGGCAACAAAUGAACGCCAUGUCCGGCGGGAUGAACGCAGUGCCGUAUCCAAUGUACACGGGCGAUAUGUCUCAACAGCAAUUUAUCCCUCACCCGAUGGGUCAUCCUGGAGCUCCGAGGACAUCUGGACCUUAA